AUGCGAGCCCACAUCGAGGUGAUCCCCUGCAAGAUCUGCGGGGACAAAUCCUCAGGGAUCCACUACGGCGUCAUCACCUGCGAGGGCUGCAAGGGCUUUUUCCGGCGCAGCCAGCAGAGCAGCCUGAGCUACGCCUGCAGCCGCCAGCAGAACUGCCCCAUCGACCGGGCCAGCCGCAACCGCUGCCAGCACUGCCGCCUGCAGAAGUGCCUGCGCCUCGGCAUGUCCCGCGACGCCGUCAAGUUUGGCCGCAUGUCCAAGAAGCAGCGGGACCGGCUGCACGCCGAGGUGCAGCAGCAGCUGGAGCAGCGGGAGCGGGAGCGGGUGGCCGAGGGGGCACCCCCCGGCCCCCUGGGGCUGGUGGGGUGCCGGGGCCACCCACUGACCCCCACCGGCACCCGCCACGGCGGGACGGAGGGCAGGGCUGCUCCCACGGUGAAGGUGGAGCCGGGGCGGCUGGAGGGGGCCAAGCGGGGCCCGGACGGGGACGGGGACGGCCCCGGCUUCUACCCCCACCCUGAUGCCGGCGGCCUCCUGGAGUCACCCACGUCCGCCGGCGUGGAGAUCGAGCACCUCACCCAGAACGUCCUCAAGUCCUACCGGGAGACCUGCCAGCUCCGCGCCGAGGACCUGCAGCUCCGGCGCUGGGACACCUUCUCCCGCGAGGAGGUCUGCGCCUACCAGAGGAAGCCGAUGGAGGAGAUGUGGCAGCGCUGCGCCGGGCGCAUCACCGAGGCCAUCCAGUAUGUGGUGGAGUUCGCCAAGCGCCUGCGCGGCUUCAUGGACCUCUGCCAGAACGACCAGAUCGUCCUCCUCAAAGCGGGAGCCAUGGAGGUGGUGCUGGUGCGCAUGUGUCGAGCCUUCAACGCCGACAACCGGACCGUCUUCUUCGAGGGCAAGUACGCCGGCGCCGAGCUCUUCCGAUCCCUGGGCUGCCACGAGCUCAUCAGCUCCAUCUUCGACUUCGCCCAGAGCCUCUGCGCUCUGCACUUCUCGGAGAGCGAGGUGGCCCUCUUCAGCGCCCUUGUCCUCGUCAACGCCAACCGCCCGUGGCUGCAGGACCAGGCCAAGGUGGCUCGGCUGCAGGGACACCUGGACGUCGCCUUCCGCGUGCUGCUGCGCCGGACCCGCCGCGAGGGGCUGCUGGCCAGGCUGCCGCCGCCCGGGCGCCUGCGCGCGCUGUGCUCGCAGCACGUGGAGCAGCUCCAGGCCUUCCGCCGCCUGCACCCCGGGGUGCUGCACGCCGCCUUCCCCCCGCUCUACCGCGAGCUCUUCGCCUCCGAGCCCGAGACCCCCGGCAGCGCCCGCUGAGCCCCCCGACACCCCACGGCUCGCCCGGCCCCCCCCGCCUGCUGCCUGCCCACGGCCAGGAGUGCCGGCACCCCGGGGUGCUCCCUCGGCCGGGGGCACCCGCACCCGGUGAAGGACCGUCACCCGGCUGUGCUCUGUCACCCGGCGAUGCUCUGUCACCCGGCGAUGGUCCGUCGCCCGAGGAGGAUCCGUCACCCAACAACGCCCCGUCACUCAGCAGGGUUUUGUCACCCGGCGGGGCUCCGUCACCCCGAGGAGCUUUGUCACGACAGUCUGUCACCCACCGAUGCUCCGUCACCCGGCGGGGCUCUGUCACCCGAGGGUGCCCCCACCCCCCCGCAGAGCAGUCUGGGGUCCCCGGGGCCGCGGUGGGUGCUCCACGCGGGACAGGCACACGCCCACCCCCUCCCCGGGGCUCUCCCAGGGCCACCGGCUCCCGUGUGUGCAGACACGCGUGGGCUCCCCCCCCGGGUGGCCCGGCUGGGUGACGGGGGGGCGAGCGCCGGGGGGUGCCGGGCCGGGGCCGCGGCUGUACCGAAUUGGAAUAAAGGCAUUUUUGGGAC